AAAAAAAACUCGGGGGUGCCACAUCUGGAAUAGUGGCUCCGUAGUUAGAGAAUCAAGAGCGGGAUCUUUGCUGAAGUUCUUCUGCUCUUCACUCGCGACUUCUUACAGAAAACAUCUCAUCUUGCCUUUUUUAUCUACCUGAAAAUGCGUCAAAUCCUUGCCGGUGUGCUUAUCUUGCACCUCAUCAUCCUGAUCCUCCUCUUAGUAUCAACAGCUGUCAAUGCCUGGACUGUUGGUGCAAGUAGCACGGAUCUGUGGUAUGCCUGUCGCACAACCAACGGGGGGUACCACUGCAUGCCCACCAGCAACGAAGACUGGCUCCAGGCUGUGCAGGCCCUCAUGAUCCUCUCUGUGCUGUUCUGUUUCUUCUCCCUCGUUGCCUUCAUAUUCCAACUCUUCAACCUGGUCAAAGAUGGCCGCUUCUUCUUUACCGCCGUCUUCCAGAUACUGGCCAGCCUGUUUGUGAUGUGUGGAGCCAUCAUCUACACAGUGAUGAGCCCCCAGUCAGACCAAGAGGAAAACACCUUUGGCUAUGCCUAUGUGUUGGCCUGGGUGUCCUUCCCUCUGUGCCUGAUCAGUGGCCUCAUCUACAUCAUCCUGAGGAAGAGAGAAUGAGAGGCCUGUCCAGAGGCCCAGAACACACCAGAACACACCAGAACACACCAGAACACACCAGAACACACCAGAACACAGCGCUGUGGCCACAGACCCGCUGGAACCCUAUGUACAGAUGGGCCCCUUGGAGAACAACUGUCCUGCCACGAUACUGUCCAAAGAUGUACAUAGUGUCUGUGGUUUUUUAGACAUAUUUAUGACAUUUUGACAUGCCUUUUGUACAUAGUGUUGUUGACUUGUUUCCAUGGCAGAGAUCAUGACUCUUACUACAUAUUCUUUUUUUUUUUUUUUUUUUUACAAUGAUGUCACUUUUCAAAGAAGCACAUUGGUGUUCUUUGAUGAAGGCAACCGUAAAUACUCACAUUCUAAAUUGAACCAUUUCUAUGUGUUUUUGUGUGUUUACAAGCUAAUUGAGACAUUACUUUGAAGUAUUCUUGUAUGUGAUAUGCCAAAUGAAAUUGCUGUUUGUUUUAUACAUCCGAUUUUGAAAUGAAAAUGGUGCUAUGUAUUUGCCAUUGUCUUUUGUGUCAUCGUCAAAUGAUUUUAACAGUGUUAGUGUUUUAUGUCUUGUGCUAUGCUCUGCCCAUUCUGGACACAGGCUUAUUGCAACCUUCUGUUUAUAUUCUUAUAAAUAAAACUAUGGUAAAAACCUUG